AUGAAGUUCUCGAUCCUCGGCGCCUUGGCUGCUGCCUCGACCGUGUUGGCCUGUCCCGGCCAUGAGAACAGCGUGCCCAUGGGCGUCAUGAAGCGUCAGGAGGGUGCGCCGCCGCCGCCUACCGACUGGGCCUACGAGGCAUCCUUCAACUGGGGCCGCAUCAACGAAAACUACACCCUCUGCCAGACCGGCACGCAGCAAUCACCCAUCGCGCUGAGCCUCAGCAACGGCCUGUCUCUCAACCACCGGCCGAAGUUCAACUACCCGACCAACGUGACGGGCAAUUUCUUCAACUGGGGCUACGGGCCGGCCUUCACCAUCACGCACCCCGAAGGCGUCUACACGGGCAACCCGUCCUUCACGUACGACAACAAGACGGUCUACAUGGUCGGCUGGCACAUCCACUCGCCGGCCGACCACACGGUCAGCGGGCGCCGCUCCAAGUCGGAGAUCCACUUUGUGCACGUCGACGCCGCGGGCCACGAGGCCGCCGUGCUCGCCUUCCGCGUCGACCCCGGCACCGAGGACGACGCCUUCUUCACGCAGCUGCCGCCCAUGAUCGGUUUCAGCGAGACGGGCACGGAGGUCGAGGCCACGCUCAACCUCAACCUCGCCCUCGACGGCGUCGCCCACUUCAACGAGUUCUGGACCUACCAGGGCUCUCUCACGAGCCCCCCCUGCCACGAGGGCAUCCGCUGGUUCGUCGCCCGCCAGACCAUGUUCGCCGGCGUCACGCAGAUGCAGGCGCUUCUCGGCGCCAGCACGUACAGCGCGCGCGCCGAGCAGGAGGUCUGGCAGCACCGCAUCAACGAGUAA